GAAAUGAACAAUAAUUGAUUAAUUGAUUAAUAAUUUAUCAAGAAUCCGGUCCAACAUGACAAACACCGAUUCCUAAAACCAGUAGCCAAACACACCUCUUCCUUCUUCCCCCCUUUCAGAGACUUCCCCAUUAUUCAUCAAUCUAACCGCACUCGAAUCUGCAGCUCGUUUUGCAUACAAAAUUCAAUUUCAAAUACACAUCCAUUUUUCGUAUAAACCUCGUAAAAAUCCCAAUUUACAGAUCUCGCCCCUCCCAAAAUUAGGGCAUUUUUGUUCACGCCCAAUUUCCAGGAUUUCACGAAUUUGUCAAUUCCCCACCGAAAUUGAUUCGCGAUUCGGCCCCAAACACUAAAAACAAAAUCUGGGUUCUGAUUUUUUUCACCUAAUGUGUGGGUGAAAAUUAACAAAAAAAAAAAAAAAAAAAAAAGAAGGGGGAAAAUUGAAUCCUGUGUUUGGAGAAUUCUCUGAGGGAAGGGGCGAAAGGGCAAAAGGAAGAAAUUAAAGUCAUGUUCUAUGGUACGGCGGCGUGGGAUCCAUGGCUAAUUGUAGCGCAAAUCGUGUCCCUGCAAUGCCUGUACUACCUGACUCUGGGGGUAUUAUUGUCAAUUCUGGUUGGGACUCGUGUAUCGAAGAUGAGCCUUGUGUAUUUCUUCGAUUACGCCACGGUUACUGCAUCUACAGCUACUGGGUGGUGUGUAAUGGCUUCCAUUCUUCUCAGCUCUAUUGCUGGAGCUGGUUAUUUAGUCUAUUUAGUCGAAAGGGCAAAGAAAUGCCUGGAUUUUUGUGCGACCCUAUACAUCAUCCACCUCUUCAUUUGCAUCGCAUACGGAGGCUGGCCCGCAUCGGUUACGUGGUGGGUUGUGAACAUUACGGGACUUGCGGUGAUGGCACUAUUAGGUGAAUAUCUCUGCAUGAGACGAGAAUUGCGAGAAAUUCCCAUCUCAAGAUAUCGGUCAAACGCUUGACGAACAAAAAACGUGACAGGUUUUCGCUUUUGGAGGUGCUGGCCAUUAUUAGAUGACACUUAUAUUUCAUAUGGAUUGAAAUAUAUAUAUAAUGGAACCUCCUCCCCCUUGUGUGUUAAUUUUUUGGGUUUUUUUUUUUUUUUUUUUUAAAUUUUCUUAUUAUUUUUUGUUGAUUUGAAAGAUUUAUUAGAGUAGUAUAGUGGAUGAAUGCAUCUCAGUUUGAGAUGAGAGAUGGCUGAAGUAUGUAGAAUCAAAUUUUAAAUAGUAAACCACUUUCUUUGCUCUUGAUAUGCAUAUUUCAGACAUGUUUUGUUUGUUCUUA